AUGUUCAUGGCGAGCAACGCUCGUAUUGUAACUGUUAUUAGACCGGAUGCUUCUAAAGGAUACACUCCUGGCAACAGAUAUGGUCAGUCUCAACAUGUGGUGGAACGUGGAAAUGCGAAUAACGAUAACGAAGCAACACAAUCAACUCGACAUUGUUAUGCAAAGUGCAUUUCUGAAUGCAUCAACCCUAGUCACUCUAAGGAAGAGAACUUCUGCGCUAACAAGUGCAGAGAUAGAUGCAAUACUUGA